AUGAAUCGUGAAAGGGUAACGGCUGUUCUUCAAAAUAAUAAUGCAAGUGUUAGCAAUGAUGAAGGUGUUCUAUCUGAUGUUGAUAUGGAUGAAGAUAUGGAAGUGGAAGUUGGUAGAGAAGCGACGAAGCUGGCAGGCUCAGUGAGUGAACAAGCCUUGCAGACCCUAAAUGAAUUGCGUUGUAGCAAUUUACUUUGUGAUGCGGUAAUAAGUGUGGCCGAUGGAACUUUCAAUGUCCACCGGGCAAUAAUGAGCGCCUGUAGUCCAUAUUUCCGAGCUCAGUUUACCACAACAGGAGCAGCAACAAAUACCGCCAACAACCCAGUGACAAAUAAUCACAAUGUUCACAUACCAGGUGUUAGCUUCAGCAUCAUGGAGGAAAUCAUCAACUAUGCAUAUUUACGAAAAUGCUCCAUCAACGACGAUAAUGUUCAUCAACUAUUAAUAUCAGCCGAUUAUGUCGGUAUCUCGGGAUUGGUGAAAAUGUGCAAACAAUAUUUAGCACAAAUGCUAACAGCGGAAAAUUGUGUCAGCAUAAUGGGGUUUGCAAGAUUUCGUUUUUUCAACGAUUUAUAUGCCAAGGCUAGAAAUUAUCUGUUGCGGCAUUUCAUUGAGGUGGCAUCUAAAAAUAGGGAUUUAUUGCAAAUGAAUUUAAAGGACUUUUAUGAUGUCAUCAAUGACGAUGAACUGAAUACCAGAGAGGAAGAUAACGUAUGGAAAUUGUGUAUUAAAUGGAUUGAUCAUGAUCCAGAAAACCGCAAACAGCAUGUGGCCCAAUUAAUGCAGGGUGUUCGAUUGGGUUUAAUGACUCCCAAGUGUUUUAUGGAGGAGGUCAAGGAACAUCCAUACGUCCUGCAAUGUGAAGAAGCAAAGCCUUUGAUUGUGGAAACAUUUAAAUUCAUGUAUGAUUUGGAUAUAAUAAAUCCCACAUCAGGAGAGUUGACCACACCACCCUUGGCCAUGCCACGUUUACCACACGAGGUUAUAUUUGCCAUAGGUGGCUGGAGUGGUGGCACAUCCAAGGCCUGCAUAGAAACAUAUGACACACGGGCCGACAGAUGGGUCAAUAUACCGGCCGAAGAUCCAGCUGGUCCUAGGGCAUAUCAUGGCACAGCUGUUAUAGGUUAUAAAAUAUAUGCCAUUGGAGGUUAUGAUGGUUUGGAAUAUUUUAAUACUUGUCGGGUAUUUGAUGCCAUCAAGAAGACAUGGAAAGAGGUGGCUCCCAUGCAUUGUCGCCGUUGCUACGUCAGUGUGGCCGAGUUGAAUGGUUUAAUUUAUGCCAUUGGCGGCUAUGAUGGUCAUAAUCGUCUUAAUACAGUGGAACGCUAUAAUCCCAAGACAAAUCAAUGGUCCGUUAUAACGCCCAUGAAUAUGCAAAGAUCUGACGCAAGCGCCUGUACACUGAAUGGCAAAAUAUAUGCCACGGGUGGUUUUAAUGGUCAAGAGUGUUUGGACAGUGCUGAAUAUUACGAUCCCAACACUAACACUUGGACACGUAUACCAAAUAUGAAUCAACGUCGUUCCGGUGUAUCAUGUGUUGCAUUUCGUGGUCAAAUAUAUGUUGUUGGUGGAUUUAAUGGUACAUCACGUCUCGCUACGGGAGAACGUUAUAAUCCCGAAACACAAACCUGGACGUUUAUACGUGAAAUGAAUCAUUCCCGUAGUAAUUUUGGUUUGGAAAUUAUUGACGAUAUGAUAUUUGCCAUAGCGGGAUUUAAUGGUGUAUCCACAAUAUCACACACCGAGUGUUAUGUACCCGAAACAGAUGAAUGGAUGGAGGCCACCGAUAUGAAUAUAAUACGUUCAGCAUUAACGGCCAAUAACGUCGCAGGUUUACCGAAUAUACGAGAUUAUAUACACAAGGAACGUGAUCGUCUAAUGGAGGAGAGACGACAACGUUUGCUAGCCAAUGCCAUGACCAGAGAUGAACGUAUGACAUCCUCAAAUGCUUCGGUGGAAACAAUACAAGAUUCCAUUAUGGAGGAUUAUGAAUCGCCGAAUGAGAAUGAAAAUGAAUUGUCCGACGAGGAGGAACAUGUAAUUGAGCCACUACCGGACAAUCGUCGCUUUCGCAAUCAAAUCAGAACCCAGAGAUUGGGUUCCCAUCAUGAAAUAAGACGUAGAACAUAA